UGAUCAUUUUAUCAGAGUUGUCUCAACUUGCAAAUAUAAAACAAUCCAACUUAAACCAUGAAGUGUGUAAUCAUUGCCUUGCUUGCCGUAUUGGCCGUAGCCUCUGCAGGAUUAGCUCCUUUGGCUUAUAGCACUCAUUAUGCUGCUCCAUUAGCUUAUUCAACACCAUAUAGUUACCCAUAUGCCUAUAAUGUGGCUCCAGUUGUAGCACCUGCUGUUUCUGUUGCUUCAUCUGGAUACGUUGCUGCUACUCGUGGAUCUUUACACGUUGCUCCAUUACCAGAAGGUCCAUUCGCUUCCAGCCAACAUAUCAAUACCGCCCCAGCACCAGGAACAUUUUAAUUUCUCUUAAGUCUUAAGCAAUAAAAUAACAAAAACCAAACA